AUGUUUGACAGCUCACAGUACCCCUAUAACUGCUUCAAUGAUGACGCUGACGACUAUCCUGCCGGCAGCGCCGAUGAGGAAAAGCGGCUCACAAGGCCAGCAUACAGCUACAUCGCUCUCAUCGCCAUGGCCAUUCAACAGAGCCCCGCGGGCCGCGUGACCCUGUCGGGCAUCUACGACUUUAUCAUGCGCAAGUUCCCCUAUUACCGCGCCAACCAGCGCGCCUGGCAGAACUCCAUCCGCCACAACCUGUCGCUCAACAGCUGCUUCGUCAAGGUGCCACGGACCGAGGGCCACGACAAGGGCAAAGGUAACUACUGGACGUUCGCGGGCGGCUGCGAAUCCCUCCUGGACCUUUUCGAGAAUGGCAACUUCCGUCGGCGACGCAGGCGACGCGGCCCCAAGAGCGAAGAGGCCCCGGGUCCCCUCCAGCCAGCAGCCCGCGGGUCCCCGGGCCCCGAUGGCACGCAAGCCCCAGAUCGCGAGGCUCAGGCAAGCCUUGUGACACACAGAGACAUUAAAUUCAGCAUUGACUACAUCCUAUCUUCCCCGGACCCUUUCCCAGUUCUCAGGUCGUCCUGUCACUCACAGGAAGCCAGGUACCCGACUCUGGAGCCCCAGCAAAUGAGCUUCCAGUUUUGGGCAGCAUGAGGUGGCCUCUGGGUCUCUGCCCCCGGUGGCUGCUGCAGCCAGUUGAGGACUCGGGCCUGAUUCUCCCCUGAA